GGCGCCGGGCUGGCGUCACCAGGACAACGGGCGUCGCCGGCGCCGUGUGACUCGGGGCUGUGGGCGCACUCGCCGCUCUUCGGCCAUGGUUUUCUCAAACAAUGAUGAAGGCCUAAUUAACAAAAAGUUGCCCAAAGAACUUUUAUUAAGAAUAUUUUCCUUCUUGGAUAUAGUAACUCUGUGCAGAUGUGCGCAGAUUUCCAAGGCUUGGAACAUCUUAGCCCUAGAUGGAAGCAACUGGCAAAGAAUAGAUCUUUUUAACUUUCAAACAGAUGUAGAGGGUCGAGUAGUGGAAAAUAUCUCGAAGCGAUGUGGUGGAUUCCUAAGGAAGCUCAGCUUGCGAGGCUGUAUUGGUGUUGGGGAUUCCUCCUUGAAGACCUUUGCCCAGAACUGCCGAAACAUUGAACAUUUAAACCUCAACGGGUGCACAAAAAUCACUGACAGCACGUGUUAUAGCCUUAGCAGAUUCUGUUCUAAGCUGAAACACUUGGAUCUGACCUCCUGCGUGUCUGUUACAAACAGCUCCUUAAAGUGCAUCAGUGAGGGCUGCCGAAACCUGGAGUACUUGAACCUCUCUUGGUGCGAUCAGAUCACGAAGGAUGGCAUUGAGGCACUGGUGCGAGGGUGUCGGUGCCUGAAAGCCCUGCUCCUGCGGGGCUGCACGCAGUUGGAAGAUGAAGCUUUGAAACACAUGCAGAAUUACUGCCAUGAGCUCGUGAGCCUCAACCUGCAGUCCUGCUCACGCAUCACGGAUGAGGGUGUGGUGCAGAUUUGCAGGGGCUGCCGCCAGCUGCAAGCCCUCAGCCUUUCUGGGUGCAGCAACCUAACAGAUGCAUCCCUGGCAGCCCUGGGUUUGAACUGCCCGAGAAUGCAAAUCUUGGAGGCUGCCCGCUGCACUCAUUUGACUGAUGCGGGCUUUACACUUUUAGCUCGGAAUUGCCAUGACCUGGAGAAGAUGGAUCUAGAGGAAUGCAUCCUGAUAACUGACAGCACGCUCAUCCAGCUCUCCAUUCAUUGUCCUAAGCUGCAAGCCCUGAGCCUGUCCCACUGUGAGCUCAUCACAGAUGAUGGGAUCCUGCACCUCAGCAACAGCACCUGUGGCCACAAGAGGCUGAGGGUCCUGGAGUUGGAUAACUGCCUCAUCACUGACGUGGCCCUUGAGCACCUGGAGAACUGCCGUGGCCUAGAGCGCCUUGAGCUGUAUGACUGCCAGCAGGUCACUCGCGCAGGCAUCAAGCGGAUGCGGGCUCAACUCCCUCAUGUCAAAGUCCACGCCUACUUCGCUCCUGUCAUUCCACCAACAGCAGUGGCAGGAAGUGGACAGCGACUGUGCAGGUGCUGUGUCAUUCUCUGACACCAGCUGCUCAGGCCCAAGUUAAUAAAAUGUCUCUUCUUCUAGAGAAGACCAGUCUUCCUGACUACUCCACUGUCACCCAAAUCUGUUGAUUCUCCCUUGGGAAAGGGCAUUUACAGGUAAAAGACUUUGAUAUGGAUUGCAGUUAACUGGUGACAGUUGGCACCUUUGUUCUGCUGUGAUGCAGUCAAAUCAAGGGCUUGUGACAGUUAACAUGUGGCAAGAGCGAUCUCAGUGAAGCCAAGACCACACAAGAAACCCGGGCCCCUUCAGAGGCGGGUAUCUAUGUACAAGUCCCACCCUUGGCUUUAUCAGCAUUCCUCAAACAGGCCAUCAGUGUUGGCACAAAUUGGGCAGAAAAGAUAACCUGAUUUUCACCUGAUCCUUAAGCCAACAGGCUACUUUAAUUCACAAUGAUUCCAUUUCGAUUAGCAGGACUUUUUCACUUUGAAGAUUAAAUAACUUUAUCAAAAUGACUGUUAUUACAAAUUCGUAACACCUGAUAAUUUUAUAUGUAGCCGCUAAUGUGGAAGGCAUAUUAAUCAGUUUCCAUGAGACACCAAAGAAGAGGACUGUAAACUGGGUAGAGUGGAGUCUUUACCUUUCUGUUUGUGUCAACUUGUCAUAACCACCUCCAAGGACCAAAAAUUAAACUCAGUUUGUAUUGGCUGAAUGGAAAUUUUAAGCUCUGGCAUAUGCUACAGCACAUAAUGCAUUUUUGUUUAAGGAAAAAGCUAAUUAUGUCUAUACUUCUCACCAAAUUUGGGGAACCUUGCAGAAAUACAAUUAAGGCUUAAGUAACUUAUAAUAUUAUUAAAAAUAAUGAAUAGAUGCAUGAAAAAUGGAUGUGAUUUUUUAAAAGUUUAUUUUAAAAUUUUAGAAAUCAAGUUACACCAAAACUAUUCAAGUUUUACACACAUCAGACUCAGAUCAGUAAAGUGUUGGCACCUUUUAGACUUGUAGUGUAAAUCACUGCAGUGUUUAAUAGAAUUAAGUCAAAGGUUUUUUAUUGCUAUUAUCUUAUGGCAGACAAAUUUGAGCGAAAGUCCGAACCUUCCUAACAUUAUGAGAUGACCUAUUAUCUGCUGUGGCGGACUCUUGCUCUGUCCAGUCCACAUCUGUGAUCAUUACUGAAGAUGAGGAACCCAUCACCACCCUCACUGAACUGGGGUGUUAAUGGUGGCUGACCAUUCCUAGCAACCACUACCCAAACUGAAGGGCCAAGAACUCAAUGAGAAAUAAAACGGCAAAAACAAGAUGUUUUCUAUGACUUUAUGGACAGUUAAGGACACUGUCUCAGCUGCAUUCUAGAUAGAGAAGGCAGAUACAUACCUCCAUACAGUGACCUAGCAAUAUUAUCAGAGUAAUCAUUAAAGGACUGGUUUUAUUGCUUUCUGACAUACUCUAGUAUUCUCUGAUCAUAAACUUGUAUGACUAUCAUAGUUCUUUAAACAUUUAUACCACUGCUGCCAAUUGGAAGGUGACUAAUGUAGGAAGCCACUUAAGUAGACAAAUGAGUACAUAACAGACUUGCUUCAAUGAUUAUGGAUUAAUUUCUAAUAAAAAAAUUAAUGACCAGAGUCUUCUAAUAUCUCUGAGCUAGGACACAGCCUAUCACAGGUACUGGACUUGAUGCCCAAUGAUCCAUGACAGCAUUUACAAAAUAGGAGAACCUCUUAUA